GAGCGAGUGAGUGCAACUCUGUAGAGAAGGAAGGCGAAUAGGCGAAGUAACUAAAAAUCUGCCGUACAUUAUGUGAUGUAAAUUUUGAAAAUUUAACAAAAUGGUAUUGUAAAAGUCUAAUAGGACAGUAGUAUUUUCAUUUUAAUUGUGUCAUAGUGAUAUUGUUUUGACUAUAAAACUUAUAACUUUGUCUAUCGUUGGUAAAGUGAAAGAGUUCAGUGCGAGUGCAAGGGUGGUAGUAACGAGAAAUGUGAAUUACCUAUGAAGUUCAGGAUUUUAAGGCCGUUUAUUUUAUACCUUUAAUAAUGAGCGGACGCCCUAGGACCACGUCGUUCGCCGAGGGCAGCAAAUCCGUUCGAAAAACAUUCGAUAAUCAACCACCGAAACCACCACCUCUAGGAGGCGUAAAAAUUAGCAGCGACGUGGAUACUCCUAAAAAAACCGAGCUGGCUACGGAUAAGAAGGCUGCCUCCUCGCAUCGCAAGGACGGCUCGAAGGUGACGACUGUAGUGGCAACGCCGGGACAAGGCCCGGAUCGGCCACAAGAAGUUAGCUAUGCGGACAUGAAGCUCAUCGGUAAUGGCAGCUUCGGCGUCGUUUACCAGGCCAAACUAUGUGACACCGGCGAACUUAUUGCGAUCAAAAAGGUGCUCCAAGACAAAAGGUUUAAGAAUCGAGAGCUUCAAAUCAUGCGACGAUUGGAACAUUGUAAUAUUGUGAAAUUGAAAUACUUCUUUUAUUCUAGUGGAGAAAAGGCGGCAGUGCCCGCAGCAGUGAGCGCAAUGUUAAACGCAAUGCAGUCUCUUGAAGUUGAAAAGGAUGAAGUGUACCUGAAUUUGGUGCUGGAGUACAUACCAGAAACUGUGUAUAAAGUGGCUCGUCACUACUCCAGAGAUGAACAAACUAUACCAAUUAGUUUUAUAAAGCUAUAUAUGUACCAGUUGUUCAGAAGCCUCGCGUACAUCCAUUCGCUGGGCAUCUGCCACCGGGACAUAAAACCUCAAAACUUACUGCUAGACCCGAAAACAGGCGUGCUCAAGCUAUGCGACUUCGGCUCAGCGAAGCACCUCGUACGCGGGGAACCUAAUGUCUCCUACAUAUGCUCACGAUAUUACCGUGCUCCUGAACUCAUUUUUGGCGCCAUAGAUUAUACCACUAAAAUAGAUGUUUGGAGUGCGGGUUGUGUAGUUGCAGAAUUGCUUUUGGGUCAGCCAAUAUUCCCGGGCGACUCUGGUGUUGAUCAGCUGGUGGAGAUAAUCAAGGUUCUAGGCACGCCAACACGAGAACAAAUACGAGAGAUGAAUCCGAACUACACAGAAUUCAAGUUUCCACAAAUCAAAAGUCACCCUUGGGCGAAGGUGUUCCGCGCAUGCACGCCGCCGGACGCGAUCUCGCUGGUGUCGCGGCUGCUGGAGUACACGCCGGGCGCGCGACUGUCGCCGCUGCAGGCGUGCGCGCACAGCUUCUUCGACGAGCUGCGCGAGCCCGCCGCGCGCCUGCCCAACGGCCGCUCGCUGCCACCGCUCUUCAAUUUCACCGAAUACGAGCUCGCCAUCCAGCCCUCGCUCAACGACUUCCUCAAGCCGCGCGUCGCGCCCGCCGCCGAACAUGACUCUGCGGCCGCCGGCGCAUCUGCCGCACAGCCGCCCGACCACGACGCGCAAGGCGAGAACGCGGCGAGCGGGCCCAGCGGCGGCUCCCCGGGCGCGUCGUAGGCGACCGGCGCGGCGACCG